UUCUUACAAUCAUCCUUUUUCUUAAAUGGGUCUCUCGAGUUGUUCCCAACUUUGUUGAGUUCGGUUAGUCAAAAACAUUUUUCCUCACUUUUUCUUUUUAAAUUCUACAGAAAAAGGUGUUUUGAUGGGUGAUUCCUACGAUGAAGAGUGUGAUUACCUGUUCAAAGCUGUUCUGAUUGGAGACUCUGCAGUUGGGAAAUCAAAUCUUCUCUCGAGAUUCUCUCGCGAUGAGUUUCGAUUGGAUUCAAAACCCACCAUAGGAGUUGAAUUCGCUUACAGGAAUAUCAAGGUUGCUGAUAAGACCAUCAAGGCUCAGAUAUGGGACACCGCCGGCCAAGAAAGGUUUAGAGCCAUAACAAGUUCAUAUUACCGUGGAGCUCUCGGCGCGUUACUAGUCUACGACAUCACGCGGCGAGCGACGUUCGAUAACGUGAAGAAAUGGUUGAGGGAGCUGAGAGAAUUCGGCGACAAAGACAUGGUCGUCGUUCUCGUCGGCAACAAAUCCGAUCUAGGUCAAAUGUCGAGAGAAAUUGAGGAGGAAGAAGGCAAAAAUUUUGCAGAGGCGGAAGGUCUGUGUUUCAUAGAAACAUCCGCUCUGCAGAAUUUGAAUGUGGAAGAAGCUUUUCUGCAGGUGAUUAAGAAAAUCCAUGGAGUUAUGAGCCAGAGGAGUCUAGAGGCCAAAGCCAAUGAAACAAUUACAAAGGCGAGUUUGUUACAGAGCGGAAAAGAAAUUAUCAGUAUUAAUAUCGAUGAAGUAACCGCUACUAAACAACAAUUCACUUGCUGUUACAAGUAAAUAGCUUCGCAAAUUUUAA